AUGCGUGUUUCUGGCCUCCUGCCUUUCAUUCUGGCCGCUGCGCCGGCAGCCGUCUCCGCUCGCGGCACUCUGGGUUUCUCUUUGGGUGACAAGAACGCAGAUGGCACUUGCAAGUCUACAAGCGACUAUGAGGCCGACUUCGACAACCUGAAGAAUCUCUCCACUGUCGUCCGCACCUACUCCGGCACCGAAUGUGAUACCCCUCAGAACAUUCUGCCUGCUGCCAAGAACAAGGGCUUCAAGGUCGUCCUUGGUAUCUGGGUCGGCGCCCAGGACAAGAGCGAUAUGAGCACCAACGAUCCCUCGUUCACCGGGGACUUUGCCGCUCUAAAGAGCGCCAUUCCUGGCAACGAGGACGCUGUGGAGGCCAUCACAGUCGGGUCCGAGACCCUCUACCGUGGUGAUUUGACCGGUCCUCAGCUUCACAACUACAUCAGCGCUGUCGCGAAGCAAUUCCCCAACAUCACCGUGGGUACCGCCGACAGCUGGAACAAGUUCGCUGAUGGCACUGCCGAUGACCUGUUCACCACCAACACUGAAGCCAACCCUAUGGUCACCUACGUGUUGGCCAACGCCUUCGCCUACUGGCAGGGUACUGCUGCCGACCAGGCCUACAAGACCUACUUUGAUGAUAUGUCCGGUGCCAUGUCGCAUAUCCAGCAGAUCUCUGGUUCCAACUGGGACAAGAUCAAGGUCCUCAACGGCGAGACCGGCUGGCCUACUGACGGCGGCUCUGACUAUGAGGCUGCCCAGGCCGGCACCCAGAAUGCCCAAACCUUCUGGAAGACUGGUGUUUGCGGUAUGCUCGCGUGGGGCGUCGAUCUGUUCUACUUCGAGGCCUACGAUGAGUCCUGGAAGCCCGACUCCGUUGGUGACAACGGUCAGGCCAUGGACGAGAAGCACUGGGGUUUGUUUACCGCCGACCGCCAGUCCAAGUUCGACAUUUCCUGCCCCAACUAA